UCCCAUUUCCCAACCUCCAUAACUAUAGUUUGAGACUAUAGUACUAAUUGAGCUCUAUCUCUCUCUGAGCUUCAGAUCUACUUGAAGAGAAGUGUAAAAGACCCAGAUAAACCCUUAGCUUCCAGUAACGAUCUAGGAAACAAGAAUGGCAGUGACAGAAGCAGAAAACCCUCUUCUUGGAGAGAUCACUUGUGGCACCUUACUCCAGAAGUUGCAGGAAAUAUGGGAUGAAGUUGGUGAGAGCGAUGAGGAACGAGACAAACUACUUCUCCAGAUAGAGGAAGAGUGUCUCAACGUUUACAAGCACAAGGUUGAGCUUGCCGCAAAAUCUCGCGCUGAGCUUCUUCAGACCUUGUCUGAUGCCAAUGUUGAACUCUCCAAUCUCACAACCGCUCUUGGGGACAAAAGCUACAUCGGCAUUCCAGAUAAGACUUCAGGAACGAUCAAAGAGCAGCUUUCUGCAAUAGCACCUGCGCUUGAACAGCUUUGGCAACAGAAAGAGGAAAGGAUCCGGGAGUUUUCUGAUGUGCAGUCACAGAUUCAGAAGAUCUGUGAAGAGAUCGCUGGUGGUUUGAGCAAUGGGCCUCAUGUGGUUGACGAGUCUGACUUGUCUCUGAAGAGGCUAGAUGACUACAAGAGCAAACUCCAAGAGCUCCAGAAAGAGAAGAGUGAUAGGUUGAACAAGGUGCUUGAGUUUGUGAGCACAGUGCAUGAUCUAUGCUCCGUCCUUGGUUUAGAUUUCUUGAGCAGUGUCACUGAAGUUCAUCCGAGCUUAGAUGAGGCAAAUGGUGUUCAUGCCAAGAGCAUUAGCAAUGAGACUCUUUCAAGGUUGGCUACAACUGUAUUGACUCUUAAAGAGGAUAAGAAGCAAAGACUUGAGAAGCUUCAAGAGCUAGCUACUCAGCUAACUGAACUAUGGAAUCUGAUGGACACUCCUGAUGAGGAAAGAGAGCUUUUUAACCAUGUUACCUGUUACAUUUCAGCUUCAGUUCAUGAAGUAACCGUCGCUGGUGCUCUCGCCCUUGAUCUCAUCGAGCAGGCUGAGGUGGAAGUGGAUAGGCUUGAUAAGCUGAAAGCUAGCAGGAUGAAGGAGAUUGCAUUCAAGAAACAAUCCGAGCUAGAGGAGAUAUAUGCUCGUGCUCACAUAGAGAUAAAGCCUGAGGUUGUUCGCGAGAGGAUCAUGUCAUUGAUUGACGCUGGAAACACUGAACCUGCUGAGCUGCUAGCUGAGAUGGAUAGCCAGAUAGCAAAGGCCAAGGAAGAAGCGUUUAGUAGGAAAGAGAUAUUGGACCGAGUCGAGAAAUGGAUGUCAGCUUGUGAGGAAGAGAGCUGGCUUGAAGACUAUAACCGGGAUCAGAACAGGUAUAGUGCAAGCAGAGGAGCACAUUUGAAUCUCAAGAGAGCUGAGAAAGCUAGGAUUCUUGUCAGCAAGAUUACGGCAAUGGUUGACACAUUGGUUGCUAAAACCCGGGCAUGGGAAGAGGAUAACAGUAUGUCCUUUGAGUACGAUGGUGUUCCUCUACUAGCCAUGCUAGAUGAGUACACUAUGCUUAGGCAGGAACGAGAAGAGGAGAAGCGGAGGCUGAAGGAGCAGAAGAAGCAGCAAGAACAGCCGCACACAGAGCAAGACUCAGCCUUUGGGUCAAAACCUAGCCCUGCGAGACCCGUGAGUGCCAAGAAACCGGUGGGAACACGAGCUAACGGAGGAGGAGGAGGGGCUAACGAAACGCCUAGGCGCUUAUCAAUGAACUCAAACGGAAGCAAGUCCAAAAGAGACAGUCUCAACAAGCUGACUUCGCCUUCGAAACUAGUAUCCAUCUCGAAAGAGGAAGCUGCAUCAUCUCCUCCAGUCUCUUGUCCUGACCCAGUUCCAGCUUCUUCACCAUGAUAAUAUUCUCUUGUCAUUUUGUUAGUUUGGUAUUAACUAACACUUGAGAGUAGAAUGUUGCGUAGAUUUUUACGUCUCUAUAUUAUUGAUCGACUCUUUUUUCUUCUUCUUCCAAGCCUUUGGGAGAAUGACUAUACAUUGAAGUGACCGGUUUAAUAAAGAAAAACAUUAGGGUU